CUGAGAGAGCUUCUGCUUGUUUUUCUGAGCGCUCUUUUCUCUCUGGUUUCACUUUGUCAUUGGAUUGUUAGUGCGGAUUCUCUCGAUCUGAACGGUUUUACUGCUUCAUUCAGAGAUUGAACUUCGAGGAUAUUGUGCAAAGAGAACACAGAGAUGCAGACUAUAAAGUGUGUCCUCGUUGGGGACGCGGCCGCAGAUAAAACCAAACUUGUGAUCAUCUACACCACUGGAAAAAGUCCGAAUGGGUAUGUUCCCACUGUGUUUGAUAAUUAUGCUGUCACUGUGAUGAUCGAUGGAGAUCCACUGACUCUGGGAUUGUUUGAUACAGCCUCACAGGAGGAUUACGACAGGCUUCGACCACUGUCCUACUCUAAUACGGAUGUAUUCUUGAUCUGUUUCUCUCUUGUGGAUCCAGAGUCAUUCGGGAAUGUCAGUGGAAAAUGGCUUCCAGAGGUCAGACAUUAUUGCCCAAACACUCCGAUAAUUCUAGUCGGGACUAAACUUGAGCUGAGAGACGACACUGAGAUUAUUGAAAAGCUGAAAGAGAAGAAAUAAACCCCCGUUACUUUCCAUCAAGGCAAGGCUAAAGCUGCAGAAAUAGGAGCUGUGAAGUAUGUGGAGUGCUCAGCAGAAACACUGACGGGGGUUAAAACAGCGUUUGAUGAAGCCAUCAGUGCAGUUUUGAAGCCGCAAAACCUGAAAGCGAAGAAGAAAUGCUCAAUCUCCUGAACUGACUGUGAUCUGAGCUGGAGAAGAUAAUGUAGACACACUAAUGUGUGCUUGUUUUUUUGGGAAAGAAGAUAAGAUGAAUUAAUAUUUUGUGAAUAUGGAUCAGUUCACUGGUUUAAUUUGUGAUUUAAAUGGCAUAAAUCAUUAGUUUAAGCUGACAUAUAGUUGAAGUCAGAAUCAUUAGCCCUCCUGAAUCAUUAGCCGCCUGUUUAUUUUUACCUCAAUUUCUGUUUAACAGAGAUUUUUUCAGCACAUUUCUAAACACAAUAGUUUUAAUAACUCAUCUCUAAUAACUGAUUUAUUUUCUCUUUGCCAUGAUGACAGCACAUAAUAUUUGACUAGAUAUUCUUCAAGACACUUCUAUACAGCUUAAAGUGACAUUUAAAGGCUUAACUAGGUUAAUUAGGUUAACUAGGCAGGUUAGGGUAAUUAGGCAAGCUAUAAUAUAAUGAUGGUUUGUUCUGUAGACUAUCGAACAAAAAUAUAGCUUAAAGGGGCUAAUAAUAUUGACCUUAAAAUGUUUUUUUAAAAAUUAAAAACUGCUUUCAUUCUAGCCUAAAUAAA